AUGUCAGGACCCGCCACUCCGCUUCAUGCAAAACCAAACGAACAGAUAGACCUGGACAAUGUACGGAAGCUUGACAAGCAUGACAUUGAUGAUUUAGAUCUGAAUCCGGAACUGGAAGGCUCAGCCAGUAUUAGCAAUUUUGAGGAUGACUCAUUGGGCCAUGAAAAUAAGGCUAGAUCCAAGAGAAGGAUGUUUGAUCCAGCGGAUAAUGACACGCAAAUGUAUGACGAAAUUGACGAUUUCCAGCCAAGAGUCAGUGUGGAUUCCCCGUUUUCCUCUGGAACAGUGCUAAACAAGCUGAGCAAAUCCUCUGAUGCUCCUGUGAAUUCCGGAAGGCGGCUCUCGCUAUCUCAACAAUCCAAGUUUAUAUUGUACUGCGACGACAGAUUGAUGGAGAUCCAAAGGAAAUAUGUCCAGUCUCGUGGUCUUAAUACGCAAAGUGGUUAUUCCGGCCUGUCACCUCUGCUGCAGGACUUGAAAUCGCUGGUUGACUUCAUAUGGUAUUCUAUCGAAGGUGUGCCGAACACUGACUAUCUCUUGCGUGGGGAUUCAUCAGUUGCCGAGGAAAGCGAGUCACAAGCGAUCGACAAUUCCACUUACUUUGGACAAAGUGCGUAUCUCAUUCGAAUUGCAGAUGACCUGCUGGACUACGUUGACAAGUUUGACGUCCGGUCUCUACCCACUGAACAACAGACUAGCACGCUCUCCAAGCUAUUCAAAUUGCUUCUCAUACUCGACAGGGUAUUCGCCAGACUUCUUACCGGCCGCACACCGGGGGGAUCCAAGAUGACUGGGACCGACGCGGUACGAUUAACUGGCAUCGCAGAGAGAACAAGAACCAAGAUGCCACGUUUUUUAGAACACAAUGAUAUCCACGGGUAUCACUACGAAGUAAGCAAGAUUUAUGAAGAAACUUUAGAAAGCUGUGGUAACUAG